AUGGUUUUACAUGCAGACGAGAGCAAUGGACACGAGUAUCCUCUGCUCCUAGACAGAGUGCGUCGAUAUGUGUUUGCGCAUUCCGUACGUCUUGUUGAUUUCAUGAAGCCAUUCGACCACCUCAACCAUGGAGAAAUCUCGGUUUCCCAGUUUCAUAGAGCCCUUUGUGCCGCUGGGGUUAGGCUAACCGACACAGAGGCUGACUGCCUAGCCUUGUCACACGAAAACAGAGCAACUGGGAACAUUAAGUUUAACGAAUUUUGCAGAGAAGUCAACAAAGUCUUCGGAGCAGUCGAAAUGAAACAAGAUUCAGAAGUUGUGGCCCUCCAGCCAGGAAGUGUGCUGUUGCCUCUUCCUAAGGCGCCACUGGAUCCAUCAGAGUCAUCCCUUGUGCAUCGAGCUCUUGUGAAUUUGCGGCUUUUAAGUGCAACACGACGCUUAGAUUUACGAGCUGCCUUUGCUCCUUUUGACAAGCACAAUACCGGCAAAAUCCCCCUCGGUGUCUUCGAGAGGGCUUUCCCUGUUUCCUUUAGAGAAAGUGAGAGGCCCGUUAAUCAGAAAAACGCUAAUUGCACUGAUUUUUAUGCCUUGGGUUGUAAGGCGGGCUUAAGGCAACUGCCACAGCUUUCUUACAAGCAUACUGACAGCUUUGUUUUGGAAAAUGUUUCUUUCCAAUUCUAUAUUUUGAGCUCAGACAAAUUUACAGAAGAGGAAGUUCGACUGCUGGGCAGACUUGUCACAACUCCGGAAGGCCUAGUAGACUGCCGGAAACUGCGUCUCCUCGUUGAGGGGCCCCUAGAAGAAAUACCUUUGACGCAAUCAGGUACCCCUUCGGGAACCCCAAAGGACUUCACAGUAACUCAAGGAGCUACCAAUAUGACUUUGGGAACAUCUCAAACAUUCCAUGGGGCAACUGGAAUGCAAGAGUGUGAAGAAAAUGGAGGAAAAGAAGCCCACUGCUCUCCUGAAACACCGACAAGGACGUGGGCCCACGAACUGAGGUCCGCUGUUCAAAAAAUUGAGGCAAGCAGAUUAUUUGUUUAA